AUGCCGAAAAGAAGUAAAUUGCUCCAGGCUCUCGAUGAGCACAAGGGAAGGGACUAUGACGCCGAGAAGCAGAAGAAGUUACUCAAGGCCUCCAAAAAGAGGAAGGGCUUGACCGGGAAGGAAGAAGAGAAGUUAAAGGAGGAGUCGGUCAAAGACAAGAAGACUGAGGAAUCUGCAUCUGAAUCUGAGGAGGAAGAGGACAAGGAAGAGAGCACAAACGCCGCCGAGGGCGAAACCUCACAAAAUGACGCUGCUGAUGACGCCGAAGACGAUGAAGAGGCUGAGGACGAAGAUGAAGAGGAGGAAGAGGAAGAAGACAUCCCUCUCUCAGACCUUUCUGACGACGAACGCGAAGACGUAAUCCCGCACCAACGCCUCACAAUCAACAACUCGACCGCCAUCCUCGCCUCAACAAAACGCAUCUCUUUCAUUAGCCAUUUAACGCCCUUCUCCGAACACAACUCUUUGAUCAGCAAGGCUGAAGACGAGAUGGAUAUUCCAGACGCGAACGACGACUUGAAUCGCGAGCUGUCGUUCUACAAGACUGCGCAGACAGCGGCCUACACGGCGCGGAAACUCCUGAAAAAGGAGGGUGUCCCGUUCACAAGGCCUGGCGAUUACUUUGCAGAAAUGGUCAAGAGCGACGAGCAUAUGGGCAAGAUUAAGAAGAAGCUUUAUGAUGAGGCCGCAAGCAAGAAGGCUGCUGCGGAGGCAAGGAAGCAGCGCGAUUUGAAGAAGUUCGGAAAGCAGGUGCAGGUUGCUAAAUUGCAGCAGCGCGCUAAGGAAAAGAAGGAGGCCAUUGAGAGGAUUAAUGAUUUGAAGAAGAAGCGAAAGAAUGAUACAUCCGGCCAAGACGGCGGCGCAGACGACUUGUUUGACGUGGCGGUUGAAGACGCUGUCUCCGAGAAUCCACGGAAGCGCGCGCGCGGCGAUACCAGCGGCCCCAACCUGAAGCGCCAGAAGAAGAAUGAGAAGUACGGGUUCGGUGGCAAGAAGCGGCAUGCGAAGAGCGGUGAUGCGAUUUCUAGCGGUGAUCUACGUGGAUUCUCUGUGAAGAAGAUGAAGGGUGCGAGCGGCGGCGCAAAGCGUCCGGGGAAGAGUAAGCGGGCUGCGGCUAGGGGACGGGCAUGAUUGCUGCAUUGGAUGUAUGUCUUAAGAGGGGGGGUGUACUGUAUAGUUUAUAUCUUCUCUUCUGUUUGUUCCAAGAGGAUACCGGAAUGCUCUUAGUGCACGUUUGGGAUUAGGUCUUAAAAAGCAAUUUGUUUCACUGAAUACGGAGUAGCGAGGCUACAUGUUCUAACCUGAUGCUGGAGCUAUGGGUAUAACACUGUCUAUGGAAUUGUGCUGUGCGUACUGGGCGUUGGAUGCUUCCCAAGACGCUCCAAUGUUAAGUUUGUGGAUGAAGCAUGUAGCCAACAAGUAUGCUUGAUGGUAUACGGAAAAGGCCGUCUGAGCAUCGAGAUGGUCGGCAAUAUCACAUUCGCGAGUAUCCACUUGUCGGACACAGUCAGACGGUGAGUGAUUCGAGGCGAAAAAGCUGGCUGGCUGAUAUGUUAUACAUGGGAGGAUACGCUCGAUUACCUGCUCGCGUUGAGGCACUCUGUGACAUAACUGAAAACGAGGCUUAACGUCAAUCCACGACUGCUUGCGCAGGUGAGCUCAGCCAAUCAUUGUCAAGCAUGGUCCUAAUCGUGGCGCUUUAAUCUGGUCCAGAUUGCGCAUUUUAAUGCUGGGCUGCUUAGUACGUAAAAGGUUUCGAGAAAAACUGGCUUGCAGCUUAAGU